GUGCGCUCGCUGCGAGCCGCGGCGCCGCACAGCUUCGUAGCGCUCUGGGCGCCUCUGUUCCUGCUGCGCGCAGCUCUGGGCGACUUCAGCCUGGACAACGAGGUGCACUCGAGUUUCAUCCACCGGCGCCUCCGCAGCCAAGAGCGGCGGGAGAUGCAGCGGGAGAUCCUCUCCAUCUUGGGCUUGCCCCAUCGCCCGCGACCCCACCUCCAGGGCAAACACAACUCCGCGCCCAUGUUCAUGCUGGACCUGUACAAUGCCAUGGCGGUGGAAGAGGGCGGAGGGCCCGACGGCCAGGGCUUCUCCUACCCGUACAAGGCCGUCUUCAGCACCCAGGGCCCCCCGCUGGCCAGCCUGCAAGACAGCCACUUCCUCACCGACGCCGACAUGGUCAUGAGCUUUGUCAACCUCGUGGAACAUGACAAAGAGUUCUUCCAUCCACGCUACCACCAUCGGGAGUUCCGGUUUGAUUUAUCCAAGAUCCCGGAAGGGGAGGCUGUGACUGCAGCCGAAUUCCGGAUCUACAAGGACUACAUCCGGGAACGCUUUGACAACGAGACCUUCCGGAUCAGCGUCUACCAGGUGCUCCAGGAGCACUUGGGCAGGGAGUCCGACCUCUUUCUACUCGACAGCCGCACCCUCUGGGCCUCCGAGGAGGGCUGGCUGGUGUUCGACAUCACGGCCACGAGCAACCACUGGGUGGUCAACCCUCGGCACAACCUGGGCCUGCAGCUUUCAGUGGAGACUCUGGAUGGGCAGAGCAUCAACCCCAAGCUGGCAGGCCUGAUCGGGCGGCACGGGCCCCAGAACAAGCAGCCCUUCAUGGUGGCCUUCUUCAAGGCCACAGAGGUGCACCUUCGCAGCGUCCGGUCCACGGGAGGCAAGCAGCGCAGCCAGAACCGCUCCAAGACGCCCAAGAACCAGGAGGCACUGAGGAUGUCCAGUGUGCCAGAAAACAGUAGCAGUGACCAGAGGCAGGCCUGUAAGAAGCAUGAGCUGUACGUCAGCUUCCGAGACCUGGGCUGGCAGGACUGGAUCAUUGCACCUGAAGGCUACGCCGCCUACUACUGUGAAGGGGAGUGUGCCUUCCCUCUGAACUCCUACAUGAAUGCCACCAACCACGCCAUCGUGCAGACGCUGGUGGGUGCUGCCCAGGUCCACUUCAUCAACCCGGACACCGUGCCCAAGCCCUGCUGUGCCCCCACCCAGCUCAAUGCUAUCUCCGUCCUCUACUUCGACGACAGCUCCAAUGUCAUCCUGAAGAAAUACAGGAACAUGGUGGUCCGGGCCUGUGGCUGUCACUAGCGCCUCGUGGAAGCCCUGCCCUGGGGCCACCUUCAUCCAGGUCCGCCCUGCGGCACCGCCCAGCGUCUCCGCCGCCCACCUCAAGGUGGUGAGGAACCGGCGGACCGACCGCCUUCUACGAGGCCUCCCUGUCCCUCCCCAGGUUUAUAGUGCUAGGAGUUUGGGCACCAAAAGGCUUUUGAUCCAUUUUUCGUCAGUGGCAUCCUAAGGACAAGAUCCUACAAGCUACUACAGGUGAAAGCCUGCAUGAAACACAUCUGUAAGGAGAGGUCGCCUGGCUGUGGUCAGCUGUACGGUCCCCUCCAUGCCCUGAUGUGUUCCAGAGAUAAUUAGGGUGCCCUUCAGCGGGGCAACCAGCCAUCAACGGCAGGAGGAGGGGGCGUGGCCAGGGUGGGCACCUGUGUCUGUGCUGAAGGGAAACAUGCAGAAUUUCUUGUAAUAAAUGUCACAAUAAAGCCAAUGAAUGAAAAUGGUUAGGAUGUUACAGGUAUAUUUUCCUAAACGAUUUAUCCCUAUUUCAUGGUUUAUUCUGACUUUAUAAGCAGCAGUGGAGGGCAGGGAGGCCCCUUCUGUUCCAUUCUGCUUUCAGAUUGAGGCUGCAGGGCCUGUGUUUACCCAGCUCCAAAUGCCUGCAUUUGGCUGGGCGUGGUGAACGUGAGCUCGCAGGGGCAGCUUCCCUCCCCCUCCUACCAGGUGUGCGCCAGCUGCAGAAGGCAGGAGUGGGUCCUCCAGCCUCCCCUGUGGUGGGGAGCAGGAUGAAGUGGCAAAUGGACAAGGACAGACAGUAGUACUGCGCUUGUGAUUUCAGCGUGGCGUUAAAUUAAUAGAUACAGGAGAAAGGAAACGGUCACUGGCUUCUCGAAGCAGAGCCCUUGGCGUCUGCUCUCAGAUGAAGCCUGACUUGGGUCCUGCCAGGUUCAUCACGGCUGCCUCUUUUCACUUCCUGACCCCCAGCAGAAAGCUCAGAAAACAGAUUUGCUGCUUGGAGUGAAAGAGACAGGGCAGUGGGGAGGCUGAUGGGCACAGGACGUGGUGGACUCGAGCCCCAGACAGAAGGAUCUAGAGCAGUGGUGGCGAACCUGUUAGAGACCGAGUCCCCGGGACGGCAGCCCCAGACCUGCUUAUUUAUCAUGAGUGCCAACAGUGCCAUUAAGCCUGAAUACUGAGGUUUUAGUGUAGAAAAAACAACUCAGACACUUGGCUCUUGUGCAACAGAGAGGGCUGUGCGUGCCCGCUGCCGCGCGCGUGCCAAGGUUCGCCAACACUGAUCCAGAGGUCCGUGACUUGGCGGUGGCGGAGGCUGUGCUGCGGCCCUGGUACCAGCCCCCUUCACCUCUGCUGCUCGCCCCGUGUGGGGUGCACCAGCUCCCAGCUGCAAAUGCACAGCUUGGGGCAGGCCGGGCUGCCCUGGGAUGUUUCCCACAUCUACUCAAAGAACACAGCUCAUUUCUCAGCACAACGGGGGCCUGGGGAAACCUGGCCCCGUGGGAAGCUGUUCUCCACCCUCCAUGAGGCAGUUCCCAGAACCACUGCGCUCAGCUUUUGUUCUCUGUUCUUUUUUCUUCUUGAGUAGCUUGGGCUGCAGCUCUCCCUGCCUGUCUGUUGAGGGAUGAAAAUUUUGUGUUAGAAUUUGUUCUGUUGUUGGCAGAUGUGGGGCUCUUUUGUGUGACUCCUGCUUGGUGUGAGUUUUUCCAAUACUUUAGUGACCCAGCCAGGCUCAAAUGAGCUUCGUCUGUACAUUAAAAUGUGUAAAUAGCUGUGUUGAGACAGAGAGAUUAUUUAUUUCCAUCUGAAACUCUGUUGCAAACCCUCCUUUCAUCCCUCGUUCAGAACAAGCUUGCUUCCCUCCAACCUGUUUGUUUUCUUAUUUAAGGUUAUUUAUUGACAAUUGGACCUAUGUAUUGGACCGAUGUACGCACGGCUGUUGCACAGAACAGCCCUUCGUGACCGUUCUGUAUAACGAGACACAAUAAAGAGGGCUUUGACUUUACA